AUGUCAGACACAAACCAGUCAUCCAUAAAGGAGUUCAUCAUUGUUGGCUUCCCAGGACUUCAGCCUCAAUACCAUUCACUUGUGGCUCUGGUUUUCUUUCUUGUCUAUGUGACCAUUUUGAUUGGCAACAUCCUGACAACUGCUUUGCUUUUCUUAGAAAGAAGUCUCCAGAAACCCAUGUAUUAUAUCAUUUUAAACCUUGCUUUGUCAGACAUAUGCUUCAGCACGGUCACUUUGCCCAAGAUCAUUGUCAGGUAUUGGUUUCAACUGAAGAGUAUUUCAUUUGUGGGUUGCUUUGUCCAGAAGCAGUUAGUACAUUAUUUUGGAACACUGAAUUCAUUCAUCAUGAUGCUGAUGGCUUUGGAUCGCUAUGUGGCAAUAUGUUUCCCUCUCAGGUACCACAUGCUGAUCAGCAACAGGACAAUCUUGAUCCUUAGUUGCAUGCUAUGGCUGAUAUCCUGGAUCUUCCCCACUGUGACUACAAUUCACCAGUUAGCACUAUCAUACUGUGGACCCAACACAAUUAAUCAUUGUUACUGUGAUUCUAUUUCCAUUACAAACUUAGCAUGUGAUGACCGUACCUUUAGUACAGUGGUUUCAUUUGUUUUAGCUAUGUUGGUGUUACUGGUCCCUCUCUCUUUUACUAUAUUUUCAUACGGUCAUAUUAUUAUUUCAGUCCUGAGGAUUGCAAGCACCCAAGGUCGGUACAAAACUUUUUCCACUUGUAGCACACAGUUAUGUAUCAUUUCUCUCUAUUAUAUUCCCCGCUGCACUGUUUAUACAGCAAACUUGCUGCUUGUCAUAAUCAGCGCUGAUUGGCGCAUCCUCACAAUCCUUUUAUAUAGCCUGCUCCCUGCCAUGGUGAACCCACUCAUAUACUUCUUCAGAACUAAAGAAAUCAAACAGAGCUUGAUGAAAAGAUUCAGAGGUGAAAAGAUUGCUGUCCAAACUGAAAAAAUCUCUUCCGUUUGCAAUUGA